AACUCGAAACUUGCAUACAAUGGCUGGAUACUACUUAUUGGCAACUGUGCUGUGCUUGGCUGUGGGUAAUGCCCUGGCAACCGCUGUCGUCCUCGAAGGAACCUACAAUGUUACCCAAGUGUGCACCAUGGUGAAAGCUGGCACUCGCAUUGGAGGCACUCAAUCAUGCGAUUAUUUCUAUACGUGCACAUCAUCGGGGCCCAAGAAGGCAACCUGCGCUACGGGUUACACCUACAACUAUAAGACACAGAGCUGUGUGCCCACUGGCCAGGCGAGCUGCUACUAUGGCCUGGCGAAUCCAUGUGCCGGCAACACUGGCAACAAAUGGGUGCCUCAUGUGAGCAAUUGUCAAGCCUGGUAUUGGUGCAACGACGAUAAGAUUGCCGGCAACGGUGAGUGUGCUGAUGGACUCAAAUUCGAGAGUGCCACACAGAGAUGUGUGUACGGCAGAUGCAGCAGCAAUGUAGCGGGAUCUGGUGACGUGUCGAUCUGCAGUGUGGUGCCACCCAAUGUGUACUUUGGUGCCACCGAUAGCUGCAAGACCUGGAACUACUGCAGCGACAGCGGCGUGCUCUCAACCUCUGCCUGCAACUCAAGUGCAUUCAUUGUAUCCACUGGUGAGUGCGGUUACAGCUCGUAUCCCGGUGCCUGCGACAGAGUUACCAGCGAUCCAGUGCCUACAACCUGCACCACACUGGGCACUAAGCAAGCUGAUCCCGAGGUGUGUGGCAGUUAUUAUGUCUGCGACGGCAGCAUCUUCCAGUUGAACAAAUGCCCCACUGGCGCCUACUAUGAUGUGGCUAAGGAGACGUGUGUUUUGCGCCAAACCGCUGUUCCCAUUGCCACCUGCAAUCGCUGUCAGGAUACUUACAUUGGUUUUGCCAAUGCUGUCGAUGAUAAACUGUGUAACUCGUAUUAUUACUGCGAGCACGGCGAGCAUGGAUCGACUUCAACUUGCCCAACUGGUAAAUAUUUCAAUGAAGAACUUCAAGCAUGCGAUGACGACAAUGACUUGGCUACAUAUGUGAUUGAUAAUGGCGCCUGCUCCGGGGCUAAAGCAACAGACUCCAGUGAAGCUGAUGAGGAUUCUGCGGAAACAAAAGAGGAUACCAAAGAAGAAUCUACAGAAACCAAGGAAGCUUCAAACGACACAAAAAGUGGUGCUAAGUAAGCGCAAUAAACAACAAAUAAAUAAUCAAAAAUCCUAAUUACUCGCUAAGAAUAUUGAGUAACAAUAAAAGAGCAGAGCACAACGUCCAACAUUUUAUACAUAUAAAGAAAAGACUAGACGCUAACUUGAAGUUUUGUAUUUAUAAUAGGUAUUUUAAU